GUUUGUUUGGGUGUAGCGUUUACUGGCCAGUCUUUCAAGAAUAACAUCCUUGGUAUUAGUUAUUCCCCUGUUCCUGCUAAAAUUAUGGCAUUAGGAGGUAUUUGUGGAUUAUAUCUAAACACCUUAGCAGUAUCAGCUAGAAGUAGUGUUUAUGUCAUGAAUUGGGCCACAGCUUUGGAGCAGAUCAUGAUUCAACAAAAAAAUGUGAAGGAUAUCUAAUGUCACCUCAAACUCCUCCCGACCAAGACCGAAAACAUUUCAUAUUUUCACCUUGUAGCAAGAGGGACAUGCUAAUUACCAUGAGACAUAAAGGACAAUGUUUCGAAGACGAUCAUGAUGCUUUUUGUGGAAAUAAGAUAAAGGAAGAAACUGAAGAGUGUGAUUGUGGACCAGUAAGAGAUUGUUGGGAAUUUGAUAAAUGUUGUAUACCUCAUGGAAGACGAAACGCAUGCAAAAUAAACAGGGAUUAUGGUUAUAAAUGUCACCCAUCUCAAGGAUUAUGCUGUACAUCGCAGUGUCAAUAUGCAAAUUUGGAAUCCUAUGGCCUGGAAUGUAAAAAUUUUCAGAAAGCAUGCCCUUGUAAGUCAAAUGAAAAAAAUUGUACUUGCGGUGUAAAUGGAUACUGCCUAGGCAAUCAGUGUCACAGUGAAGAAUGUACUAGGGUUGGAUUAGAAGAAUGUUCGUGUCCUAAAGGUUUAAAUGUAACAAAUUGUAGAACAUGCUGUUUUUCAAAAACAAAUUCAACGUUGACAUGUUCGUUAUCUAAUGAAAUAACUAGAUAUGCAGUAAAAUUAGAUAGAGGCAUCUUACAACAUUUAAAAAAACAGCCGCACAAAAACAAAUUACAGAACGUUAAAUAUGGAUUCUAUGAAACAUACUGUGAUGGCUCUGAAUGUAUCCAACUCUAUUUUAGAAGUGUGCAGUUUGGAGAAUUUUGUACAUCAUUUGGAAAACUAGGAAAUUGCAGUGUAAAUAAUGUGUGUGAAAUACAGGAGAAAUUGUUUGUGUAUACUGGGAUUUUUGAUAAAAGGCUGUUAAGAAGUGGAGGAAUAUUGAAAAUAAAUCAUGGAUUUAAUGCAUUAUUUGUGUUGUAUUUAGCUAAAUAUAUUGUACUAAAUUUGUAAUCUUUUACUUUAGCGUUAUGUAAAAAAUGUACCUUCAACAUCACCACACCACACACAAGUGAAAAUGACAUUUUCCAAUAUCGACUGCUGGAUGAUGAACUUUCU